AUGGGAUUUCAGUCAAUGCUUGGUCGCGCACGUCCUGCGACGGUGCCCACAGACCGAGUCAUUCCCUUGCGAUACUGGGAUGACUUGCACUACCUACGCAGCCUUGCUCAUGACUUCACCUUCCGAUUUGACGACGUUUUGGAUGCUGCGAAGCUCGAGGCGGCGCUGGAUCACUUGAUGGAGAUUGGGGACUGGGGUCAGCUCGGGGCUCGUCUGCGUCUGAACGACCAUGGCAAGCUCGAGUACCACAUCCCCUCGGAGUACAACAAGAGUACCCGUCCGGCGUUUAUUUUCACCAGCACUCGGUAUGGCAUGAGCAUCAAGGAGCACCCGCUGGGCUCACAGCUGCCCAAAACCGGACAAGACCAGUCUUUCCUAUCGCCCGAGUCUGCCGAGUUUGCUCCUCUGGUCCGCCAUUCUGAUAGUCCCCGGGCCCUGGCCGAUUGGAUCUACACCGAUCGCCCACAGCUUCACAUCCACGUCGCGGUCUUCCAGGAUGCAACUCUGGUGACCACCAGCUACCUCCAUACCCUGUUUGAUGCAGUUGCGCGGUCCAAUUUCUUCCGGGCCUGGACAUCUGUCCUGCAAGGCCGAGAAGCCGAGGUGCCACCUUUUGUGCCUUUUGACAAGGACCCUCUGGGUGCAGUUGGAAAGGAUGCCUCCCCGACGGGCUAUGUCAAUUUCCAGCGCCUCGUUACAGGUCUUGGUCUUUUACUCUUCGGACUCCGGUAUCUCUUCGAGCUACUCUGGUUCCGCAAGGAAGAAGAACAUUCCAUCCGUCUGCCAGGACACUGUGUGGACCAGAUGAGGGACUCUGCAUGCCAGCAACUGGCAGCCGACGCCUCGUCGCAGGGCGCAGACGAGCCAUUCAUAAGCGAGCCCGACGUCGUGGCCGCUUGGUGGCUGAAGACUAUAGUAACGGCACUGGACCCUGCGCCCAGCCGCCCAGUCAUGGUAAUGAGCCCGUUCAACGCAUGGGGUAUCUUCAACGAGUCAUUCAAGGGCGGAAAGGGCUUCAUCGGCAACGCAUUCUUCAAUUCCUACACGGUGCACCCUGCCCGGCACAUCCUCGCAGACAACAACAUAGCGCAUCUGGCGUCCCAAAACCGCCAAUCGCUCGUGCAGCACCGAACCAAAGACCAGGUAGAAGCAAUGACUGCUAUCCAGCGGAAGUCCAUCAUGGGCAUACCGCCGCUGGUCGGCGGCUCGGACCUGGUCUUCCUGACGCACACCAACCAGCACAAGGCUAGAUACUUCGAGACGGACUUCUCGGCUGCCGUCGUCGCCACUGGUACUCCCCUGAGUGAGAGGCCCCAUGCUAUCGGCCGGCCAUCUUACGUUAAUGACAUCGAGCACUGUCGCUGGUACCCGACUCGCAAUGUCUGUAGGGUGGUCGGGAAGGAUGCCGCUGGUGACUGGUGGCUUCUGUUCAAGACCCGAGCGGAGGCUUGGCCGUCUAUCCAUAAACAGCUGAUGGCGACGAUGGGGGUUGAUGAGCUACCGGAGACUCGUGUUCGUGAGACUGAGGCCAAGGGCGUCUACCCUGGAAGCGUGCCGGCUAAGAAGUCCUCCGGGAUGCUCCUGGAUUUCUACCUGCUCUGGAAAUUGCUUGUUUAG